GUCGAGGAAGAGGUUUAGGUGGCACCGAAGGGCGAGAGGCAGCAGCGGAGGAGGCGACGCACAGGUGAGCCAGGUGCUUUCCACCCAGAGAUCGACUUCUAGCAGCAACUGCUCCGUCCAGGAACUGCCCUUGUUGUCUGUGUGUCUUAGUGCAUAUCGCCUUGGGGUAUGUUCCCUGCAGAGGCUUGAGAAUUUCAGCCUCUCCCCCUCCCCUCCUUUAGCUACUGCCCAAUCUCCCCACCACUGCCACCUUUACAUACAUAUAUCUCUUCCUGGACUUGCAAAGCAUUUGUAUUCACAUUCCCUGGAUAAAUGUGCAAAAGGAGCUGAAGCGGCAAAGCAUGAGGCAGCUCCAGGUGGAUCCGGCGCUCGCUCUUGGGUCGGUUAGCACACAAUCGCCAGAGUCCCGGAUAAUGGUGGUGAAGAAGUACUUUGUAAAGGCGCUGCACCGGCUGCAGAAGGGCCCCGGCUAUUCCUACCGGGAGCUGCUAGUCUGGUACUGUGACAACACCAACACUCACGGUCCCAAGCGCAUCAUCCGUGAGGGCCCCAAGAAGAAACUCAUCUGGUUCUUCCUGACCCUGCUCUUUGCAGCCCUGGUCAUCUGGCAGUGGGGCAUCCUUAUCGACACCUACCUCUCCUACAACGUCACUGCCUCUCUGGCCAUUGGCUUCAAGAAAAUGAUCUUCCCAGCUGUUACCAUCUGUAGCGCAAGCCCCUUCCGGUACCCCAAAGUGAAACCUUACCUGGCGGACCUGGACUCCCUGAUCGGGGCAGCCCUGAAACGCAUCCUGGAGACUGGAUGGGAUGGAGAAACACCCACAUACAAUGCCAGCGAUUUGGAGGGCCUCAAGAUGCACCUAUGGGACCAGAUCCCAUUGGUGAUGAUCGUGGAAGGCAACGGUGCCAAACCCAUUGUCCACGAUGUCCUCCGGGGCCCUGCCCAUGGCCUGGACAGCCAGAAUGACUCUGACCCGUUCUUCUUCAAUCCAGAAGAGAAGAGGUACAGGCUGGCGCUCAAACUGUGCGCCGACAACGGCACCAGCUGCUACUACCGCAACUUCUCUAGUGCAGCGCAGGCUGUGGGCGAGUGGUACGUGCUCCAAGCCACCAGCGUGUUGUCCCAAGUGCCGAUCCAGAAACGCAUAGAGAUGGGAUACCAGGCGGAGGAGGUCAUCCUGGCCUGCCUCUAUGGGGCUGAGCCCUGCAGCUACAGGAACUUCACCCGUCUCUACCACCCGGACCAUGGCAACUGCUUCACUUUCAACUGGGGCAUGGACAAGGAGCAACUCAUUUCCUCCAACCCCGGAGCAGAGUUUGGGCUGAAGCUCAUCCUGGAUGUGAGCCAGGCAGACUACAUCCCCUUCCUGACCACAACGGCCGGAGCCCGGCUCAUGCUCCAUGAACAGGAGAGCUUCCCCUUCCUCAAUGAUCAGGGCAUCUACGCCAUGGCUGGCACAGAGACAUCCAUCGGCAUCAUGGUGGAUGAGCUCAAGCGGUUGGGGUCUCCCUACAGCGACUGCACAGACAACGGCUCUGACAUCCCCGUCCGCAACCUCUAUGAGGACUAUCUUGUCUUCCAGGGCCAGACAGAGCCAACCAAGCUUUGUAUAAACUGCACGGUUGAAGGCCAAGAUGCCAGCAGCGGAAAUGACUCCUCAGGCAGAUCCUAUAGAACGAUCUACUCCAUCCAGGCUUGCCUGCGCUCCUGCUUCCAGGCUGAGAUGGUAGAGAAAUGUGGCUGUGGCCACUACACCUUCCCACUCCCCAAAGGGGAAAAGUACUGCAACAAUGAAGACUUCCCAAACUGGGCGUACUGCUACUCCUCCCUGCGUCCCAGCCUGAAGCACCGGCAGUCUUGCAUUGAAAAGUGCAAGGAGACCUGCAACAACACUCAGUACAAGAUGACCAUCUCCAUGGCCGACUGGCCCUCUGAGGCUUCAGAGGACUGGAUUUACCAUAUUUUAGCCUAUGAAAAGAAGACGGUGACCCAAGUGAAAUUGGACAACAGAACUGGGAUCAUCAAGCUGAACAUCUACUUCCAAGAGUACAAUUACCGGACCAUCUCCGAAUCGGCAGCAACCACCAUCGUCUGGCUCCUCUCCAACCUGGGAGGCCAGUUUGGCUUUUGGAUGGGCGGCUCUGUUUUGUGCCUCAUUGAGUUUGGUGAGAUCAUCAUCGACUUCCUGUGGAUCUUCCUGCUCCAGAUGAUCGGCUGGUGCCGGGGCGUCCGCAGGAAGUGGCACCCCAACGGCCUGGAUGCCCAGAACGAGGGUCUCCCCGCCACCACAAUCUCUGCAAAGAGGGAAGCCCACACGAACCCAGCCUUUGAAAUUGGGGAAAAGGAAGAGGAGGCUGCGGGCCAGGCAGGGAGCCUCCCGGGGGCCCUACCCGAACCAGGGACCCCGCCCCCGCAAUACGACUCCCUCCGCGUUUGUCCCCUGGGCCGCAUGGAGAUGGAGAGUGACGAUGGAGAGGCCUCUGUGUCCAGUAGGACGGCGGUCUAAACCCUAGACGGUUGGAAGGAAAGAAGGAAGGUGGGAUGUGCUCCGUGGCUCGGAUCCUGUUGGUGCGCUGCGCCAGUGAUAGCCACGCAUCAGCAGGAAGAAAAAGGCCACAGGAGACAAGGAGGGCGGCAAAAGCUCCAGGGAAGAAGGGCAGUGGAUUUGGGCAGUCUUUGCCACAGGGAACUUGUAGAAAGGUGCAGACUUUGUAUUGUGCACCAAGGGGAUUCUGGUCCCCAACUUCCAUGGGGUCUGCACCUUGGACCCACUUUAAACAUUUACUCCAACCCCAGCCCCACAGCGAGAAUCACAGGCUUGGAAGGGAAUUCAAAGGCCCCCUUCCCAAUGUGGAGCCAGCCAGACCAGGCCACCCAACCUUUGUUUAGGUGGAAAACUGCAAGUGACCCUCAUCAGCAGCAAUGGGCCCUGGCCUUGUCACAAGCUACCAACCCACCCCUCUGUCUCUCUUAUUAAAGUUCACUUUUCCUUACCAAACGUC